GUUUUAUCUACGUUAAACGUGUUUACAGCCAAUGCCUUAUGUGGCAGGAUUAUGUAGGUAAAGACAGUCUAUCAUUGGAUUAGGGAACCUAGAAGAUAAUUUAACUUGAGGAAGCCGAAAAUGAAUACAAUCAGAAACAUGGAUUUGGAAACCAUGACAGGCUGUCAAUGAAAUCAAGUACCACAAGUUUUAUGGAGGAACAAUCAAGUGACAUGAUAUAUACAAAAAAACAAAAAUAGGAUAUUCUUUAAAUAAAUUAAUCAUACAUGACUUGAAACAUUAAAAAUAAGGAAAUUCAAUUAAUAUCUGAUGAUAACUGUUUAUUGUUAAAGUGCCACGAAUAAUAAUUGAAUUAACAGCUAAGUAAUUAUACUUGAUCUUGUUUACAAGAUGGGAAGGUCGCUAUUCACGGAGAUGCAAAUGUAUUUAUAAUGACCUGAUGAUUAUCACAUUAAAAGAACAAUGAAUACAACUACAAUGAACACAACUACAAUACUGAUGGAGAUGAACACAGAAUGGAAUUUCACAAAAACAACAACAAUAAAUGUGAUUACAACACAAAGUAGUACAACAACAACAACAUUAACUUUAACACAAAUCCUGACUGGCAUUGCUCAAAUAAUUCUCGGAUUUAUCAUUAUAUUUGGUAACACUUUAACUGUGGCUGCGAUUCGUAAAUUUCGUCGUUUAAAAACAGAAACGGGGAUUCUUAUUGCAAGCCUUGCUAUUGCUGACUUAUUCAUGGGAUUCACUAUGUGGCUUCACGCAUGCUACGAGUUUGUACCACAAAUGGGUUGGUCCAACUUUAUGUGCUCGUUUAAAUAUUUUACAUUUUUUCUGUCCAGUGCAGCUUCUAUUUACAACUUGAUACUCAUAGCUGUUGAUAGAUACAUUGCGAUAACGCAACCGUUACGAUACCAUCAAUGGAUCACAUAUAGGACUGUCCCAAUUAUGAUGAUUAUAACUUGGAUGUGGUGUGUCAUGAUCGCCAUGGUACCAUUCUUUUGGUACAAUACUAGGAGCAACCCAAAACAACUCUGCACAUUCUUUCAUCAUAUUCCCAAAUACUUUUUAGCGUGCGUUCUUGGGACUCAGCAUUUCAUCUGCAUGAUAGCGAUGAUUGUGCUCUACGGACAAAUACUUAUAGUGGCUUUGAAACAACAGAGACAAAUUCAAGCUGAGUCAAUAACCACGCCAGCUAAUAAUAACCCAACAAAUGCCUCAAAAUCAAAACCAAAAAUCUCAUUUUCAAAACAAUUAAAAACAGCGAAACUUUUUGCCGUUGUCAUAGGACUGUUUUUAUUUUGCUGGACCCCCGUUUUUGUACUAUUAUUUCUCCAUGCAUCAAAUGUAUAUUCCAGCAGGUCUAUCGCUUACACAAUUGCACCGUUACUAGGGGUCGUCAAUUCAUGCGUUAACCCAAUUAUAUAUUCAUGGAAAAAUAAGGACUAUAAGUUGGCGUUCAAGAAAUUACUCUGCUUAUCAAAAGAAACUAUUGGACUUGACGAAUCGUUGUUUUCAGAACACAUAAAGACAAUAAGUAGCUGAUGUACAUAUGGUAUUUGUGCUUUCUUUCUUACAAGGAUUAUUCCUUAAUACCAGACCUGCCACUCGUUUUUAUUUUUUCAGAAUACAAAAAAAUGUAUACUUUUUAUCAUCUAGUUUUGUUAUAUUUUACCUUCAUUUGCUCAUAUGAUCAUAGAGAGUGUUUGGGAGCAAUCCUAAAAGCAUGCAAAUGUUUCCCUAAUAAUCCUCAUUUUAUCAGUAUAGAAGUUAUUGAAGUGAAUAUUUAAGUUGCAGAAUUAUCCAACAAAUCAGAGGAUCCUCCUGUUAUAUUAGUAUGAUAAAUGGAGACAAAUAGCUUCAAACUAUUUCUAUCUUAAGUUUCUAACUCAAAUAUUAAAGAAUACAAAUAUAUUUCUAAGAUAUCUUUAUUUCAAUUAAUCAUUCUAGCGUGACAGUUCACAUGCGGAAAAUUAAUUUAAUGAAAACGCGUUCAACAAGCUAAUAAAUUCUAGAACGACAGCAAUUCUUAUGAAAGCAUUGGUGCCUGGUUGUUGGUUCUCAGUAAAGAAAAUCCAUACAUUUUUAUCGCAAAUUAAUUGCAAUUUUUAACGUUAAAUGUCGAAGAGACAAUAAAGUACAUGAAUAUAUGAAUA